AUGGAGGACGACUCUAACAACAACAACAAUAAUAAUAAUGUUGAUGAACUUGGUGAGGAGGAGUUUGAGGAUGACGAGGAGUUCGCAAGCUUGGAUAUGCGUAUAGACUCUGCUGCUGCGUCUUCACGUAGCAAGCUCCCUGCACAGUUUGAAAUUGACAAUAUACCAGGACUUUCUAGAAAGAAGAAAUCAAAGAAGAAGGAUGGAGAAAGCAAUCCAUUGACUAGACUACCAGAGAAGACAAAAGAACUUAUUAUGAAGGGAAUGCAACAGUAUACAGCCGGACAGUAUCAAGAGGCAUUGGACUCAUUCUUUAAGGUGAUGGAGUUGUCACCUAGAUAUCCUAGAACAUACACGAUGAUGUCACUCAUCUAUCAGGACAUGGGCAAUGAUAAGAAGGUGGCGUGGGCAUUGUACCUCGCCGCCGAGGUCGGUGGUCGUUUGCCCGAGCUCUGGAAGCGUGCGGCAAAGGCAUCGGUCAAGGUCAACGACUAUGCCACGGCGAUCAAGUGCUACAAGAGAGUGCUGCGACAGGACAAGGAGGACCUUGAGUCAAUCUACGACCUCUCGUGUCUUUAUGCCAACGAGGGCAUCUACGACAAGGCCUACCUUGGGUUCAAGUCCUUGCACGCUCUGCGACCAGAAGACCCCUCUGUAAUCACGUACCUGGUCAGCGUGGCGAUAUCUCUAGACAAGCUCGAUGAGGCCAUCGAGAUCGUGGAGGCGGCCAUGGACAAUCAGUUUGGCAGGGACUUUGCUGAGCUGGACCUGGACCUGUUCAACAUCAUGAUGGAGCUCUAUAACAAGGCGCGCGAGUUUGAAAAGACCGUGGACUUCUUCCCGCGAGUGCGCGCGCUCUUCCCCGACAACAUUGAGAUACCACUGGACAUCGUGCUCAAUGCGGCCAUCGCCUAUUAUUCAAUGGGCGAGGAGAAGAUGGGCGAUGUAUGCUAUCGACAGAUCAUGAAGAACGAUGUCAAUUCAAUUGGAGACAUCUAUUUCUCACUUGGUGAGAAGCUCAAAGAGCUAAACAUGCUACAGAAGGCAUUACCAUUGUUCUUGGCAUUGUUGAGAUCUGACAAUUUCGAGAAGAAGCAAGUAUUAUACUAUGUUGGAUCGAUAUACAAGGACCUUCAUGACCCUGUGACCGCCUCCAAGUAUCUAGAGAUUGCCGUCGAGGAUGACCCGACAUUCAAGGAGUCUGCCCUGCUGUUGUCAGACAUAUACAAGGAGCUGGGGCAAUAUGACAUGUCCCUCAGCUUGCUGACAAAUCUAAAGUCAGGUGAUGGCACACAAGCAGGAGAUGAUGAGACUGAGGAAGAGAGAUAUAAUUCAACUUUGAAGGACUUGGAGUCGAGGAAGGAGACAUUGACAUCGCAGGACGUUAGGGAGUUGACAAAGAUUGCCGAGGAUUACUUGGCACUGAAGAAGAUUCCACAGUAUCUUGGUAUUGCGAGGGCUUUAUUGCAUGGCUCUACAAACGACAUACGACUGCGCAAUCCUAGUAAGCUGGCUGCUGCCCUCAAUGAGGCCUACUACAACAAGAAGAAGCGUGAGAACAGGAAAGAAUACACCUAUGUGCGAACGAUAUCCGAUCGUCCAAACAUCCCAUUCGCAGAGAAGAUGGAAGAGGAUGACUAUUUCAAAUUGGUCAAUGAUAUGGCCAAGGUAUUGUGCGCCAGACAAAGACAUGAUGAAGCAGCACAGUUGAUUAGAUAUGCUUUGAAGAAUGUCAAGUUGAACAAUCCAUCAUACUCGCAUCAGCUCAAGUUCUUCCUGGUGGGAAUAGCCUACCAGCAGGACAAGCCAUUCUUGGCAUUCAGAUACUUCAAGUACGCCUGUGACAGGAAGCCCUACAGCCACAGACUCUGGAACCUCUUCAACAAGGUGGUGAAUUGGUCCAAGGGCGACUACUAUAUCUCCAACAAGCCAUUCCUCAACGUGUUGAUGGAGAAGUAUCCAAAGAGUUUGCCAAUACGUAUUAUUGCCGGCAACUUUAGUAUGCACAGCACGCCCAAGUGUUCACUGAUCGAGUACCUCAAGGCCUACAAGUACAAUUCCAAAGAGCCACUUCUCAACCUACUCAUUGGCAUCACCAUACUCAAUCAGGCAGCCAGCAGGAAGCAACCAGAUCGUCACAAGUUGGUCAUAACAGCAUUUACAUUCCUCUACAAGUACAAGCAUGGACGACUUCCAGAAGAGACUCAGGAAGCAUAUUAUAAUAUGGGUAGGGCAGCACAGCAACUUGGUAUAUUCUACUUGGCCAUUGAUUAUUAUAACAAGGUACUGCAGUGCAAGGAGGAGAGUGAGGCCAGAUAUUCACUCAAGGCAGAGACUGCAUUCAACCUUUCACUGAUGUACAAGAAGGAUAAUCCAGAGUUGGCCAAACAUUUGUUGGAUCAAUAUUGUGUCAUCUAA